AUGAAGUUCAACGGUAUUGAAAACAGUUUGCGCGAUGAGCAGGUGCAAAUGCGCCGCGUUGCAUUUUUUGCAAUUGUUAUUUCGACUGCUGCAGUGAUUGCUUCCAUCUCCCGAUCUCGGGAUAUGUGGCAAGAAAUGACCUUAAUUGAUAAAGGAUAUCGUGCUAAGCGAGAAGCAGGCACAUGGCUUUUCGGUCAAUUUAUAUCACGCACACCCGGUAAUGCAAAUCAUAAUUUGGGAAGUACUAGCUAUGGUAUCGAAAUUCCUACGCCAUAUGGUAGCAAGGGAGGAGAUGGAUCCAACAGUGGAGAUUUUUAUGGAAGUUCCAGCAGUGGCAAUACUUACGGAAGUGGAAGUAAUCCAUAUGGUGGCGAUACUGCAGCUGAUAGCGACUACGGCAAGUCAGAGAUACCUCCCGGUUACAGUGCAGGUCCAAUAAUCAAUGCAGAACCAAAUGUUGGAAGUUUCUGUUGCCCAUGUCAACAAGGCCCUGUAGGACCACCGGGACCACCGGGCGAUCCUGGUCCUGAUGGAAAUGAUGGUGAACCAGGUAAAGAUGGCGAUAAAGGAAAAGAUGGACAGGUGCUGCAAUCAGUAAAUGAAACCGAUGAGCCAUGCAUUAUUUGUCCACCUGGACCACCCGGUCCAGCGGGUCAAGUUGGUCCAAAAGGACCACAAGGACCAAAGGGAGCUGAAGGCACAAGAGGUGAAGAUGGUAAAAAAGGAGAACCUGGUAUGACUGGUGCAGCUGGACCAGUUGGACCAUCCGGAAAGGAAGGAUCUCCUGGACCUGCUGGUCAACCCGGACGUCUUAUUCCAAUUGAUGGGCCUCCUGGACCUAUGGGAUUACCUGGACCACCAGGACCACUUGGGCCGAAGGGACCUCCAGGGCCGGAUGGAGCUACCGAAGAUGGUCCUCAAGGACCACCAGGUGAUGAAGGAGUACGAGGACCACAUGGACAGCGUGGUCUAGAAGGACAACCGGGAUUACCAGGAGAACGAGGAGAAACUGGUUCAUGCGAACAUUGUCCUGAGCCACGUACACCACCAGGUUACUAA